AUCUGCACUCCAGCACUCAGGUUUGGAUCUGAUCUGAAAUUCUGCAAUGUACGGGUAUAACACAGGAAACCAGCAUCCCUUUGGCUGGUGUCCUCAGCCAAUGCCAGCAGUAUGUCCACCAGGCUCCACCCCACCCUACCCUUGCCCUCCUCAGCCCUACGUUCCUGUGUGCUAUCCUGCCCCUCAACCAAUGCCACCCUGCCCUCCUCAGCCCUCCGCUCCUGUGUGCUAUCCUGCCCCUCAACCAAUGCCACCCUGCCCUCCUCAGCCCUCCGUUCCUGUGUGCUAUCCUGCCCCUCAACCAAUGCCACCCUGCCCUCCUCAGCCCUCGGUUCCUGUGUGCUAUCCUGCCCCUCAACCAAUGCCACCCUGCCCUCCUCAGCCCUCGGUUCCUGUGUGCUAUCCUCCAUCCCAGCCUUAUGCAUGGUAUGGACCACAGCCUGGCUGGGGGUAUGGAUGGGGCUAUGGACCCAGUGGUGGUCAAGGACCCAGUGGAGGCCAAGGACCCAGUGGUGGUCAAGGACCCAGCGGACCCCAAGGACCCAGUGGUGACCAAGGACCCAGUGGUGGCCCAGGAUCCAGUGGUGGUCAAGGACCCAGUGGAGGCCAAGGACCCAGUGGUGGUCAAGGACCCAGUGGAGGCCAAGGACCCAGUGGUGGUCAAGGACCCAGCGGACCCCAAGGACCCAGUGGUGACCAAGGACCCAGUGGUGGCCCAGGAUCCAGUGGUGGUGAAGGACCCAGUGGAAUCCGAGGACCCAGUGGUUGUGAAGGACCCAGUGGAAUCCGAGGACCAAGUGGAGACAUAUUCAGUGCUGGCUAUGGAGGUCAACACAAGCACAAGGCUGGCCACAAGCAUGUCAACUGUCACAAGAAGGGGAAGCAGAGUCUUGGGUCCUCCAGCAGCGGCUGCAGCAGCGACUCUGACUAGAUGAAGACUCCUGGAUGGAAACCUUCUUCCUCCUACUUUACACGAGAGAAUCACCUUCAAAAGUUCUUCAUAACUCAUAAUAAUGUGUAUUCUUGGUGCUAAAGAUGUGAAAUCAAAAAUUGAGUUUUUCACUGAUCGUAUUGAUGAAAAACUAAUCGAAUAAAUAAAGUGAAAACAGA